ACUGAUGAGGUUUGCCCCAGAGAUUGCCCCUACUGAGGAGGCUAAAGCCUCACGUUUUGAAUUGGGACUUACCCUUGACCUGCAGGGUAGACUGGGGGGAGAUACAUUCACCUCUCUGGACCAUGUGUUUGGCAAAGCUGCCCACCUUUAUGCUAUCAGGAAAAGGGAGGAAGGGGGUAAGCUGGGCGAGAAACGUAAGGAUAACCCAAACCCUGAGGGUCAAAAGUUUGAGAAAAAGCACAACGGGAACCAGAAUAAUCAAAACCCUCAGAGAAAUUUUGGUAAGGGACCCAAUAAUAACCCUAAUCCCAACAACAACAACCGCAACAAUAACACCAAUAACCGCAGACCUGAGCGUGUAUAUCGGUGUAGAAAGUGCCCGAACAACCAUCCUGGUAAGGAUUGUGAGGGUAACAAGGUUGAAUGCCGGGAAUGUGGGAAGAUGGGGCAUAGAGCCUAUGAAUGCUAUUCGAAAAACAAGCUAAACCCCAAUGGCCAAAGGAAGGGGAACUAUGGGGACAAGCCCCGAAACGGAAAUGGUAACGGGAAUGGUAACGGGGGAGGUAAUUACAAUGGGAAUUCUAACUAUUCCAAGCCCGCUACCAACAACCAGCAACCAAGUCUCUAAUGCUAACAAUGCAACUAGUUCCCAAGAUAAGGGCAAAGGGAAGCUGUACAUGAUGACGGCUAGUGAAGAAGAGGCUCGUAGAGACGUUGUCACGGACUAGGUGAGCUGGUGCUGCUGCAUGACAUCAAGCAUAUGGGGGCUAGACUGUAGUUUGAAGUUAACUUUUGGUUUGAUCAUUAAUGAAUUUUAUAGAACAUUGUUACAUGGUUUGAGUUUGAAUAAAGAGGGGUCAUCUAUGAUU